UCAUGCAAUGCGUAUCUGCAACACAGAUUACUCAGCACAUAUUACGAAUGAUCACAGUUUGUGACUCAUGAAAAGAGGAUAUACCCUUGACGAAAGCCUAGAGAUUUAGUCGUUGGGAAUUCUACCAGACAUUUGGUGAGGAUGUCAGGCAUAAAGAUCCCGGAUGCUGGUGGGGACAGCAUCACUUUACUGAAAGUGGAUGGUCAUUUGUACCCAAAGUCCCCUGUUGAUUCUCAAGUUGACGCCAUCAGAGGGAUCCGAGACCUACCCGUCAGAGAAGAUGACGUAUUUAUCUGCGCUUAUCCUAAAUGUGGCACUCACUGGGUCUGGGAAAUGGUCCGUCUCCUUCUGUUGGAAGACACGGAAACUGUUAUAAGAAAGGAGAAAUUGAUGCUAGAGUUCUUUGGAAAAGAUGUCUUGGAGAAUUUCCCGUCCCCGCGGGUCUUAAACACGCACUGUCUUGUUGAACAGCUGCCACGUGGUGUGUUUGAGAAGAAGUGCAAAAUAAUCUACAUCCUCCGAAACCCCAAGGACAUGGCAGUGUCGUUCUUCCACCACCACACAAAACUGCCAAAAAUUUAUGAAUAUGAUGGGAAAUGGGAAAACCAUUUAUCUUUACUGAUGGAUGGAAAAGUUGACUUCGGGUCGUUUUUCACAUACUUGAAGGACUGGGCUGCGGUUGGGAAGACCCACCCCGAGGUGCCAACCUUGACCCUGGUGUAUGAAGAUCUAAAAGAGGAUCCACUUGCCGGUAUUAGAAAGGUAGCAAAGUUUCUGAAUGUUGAGAAAUCAGAAGAAUUCUACCUUAAAGUAAAGGAGUUGACGAGUUUCAACAAAAUGAAGGAAAGGAAAGGAGGUUUAGUCGCCACACCUGAUGGUUCCCCUGUUAUGUACAGAAAAGGUGAAGUUGGUGACUGGAAAAAUUACUUCACCGUAGCCCAGAACGAGGCUUUUGACAGACUAUACAAGGAAAACAUGGCUGGCUGUGACAUAAACUUUAGAUACACGCUGAAGUUUCUGCACAACCUUUCUGAUCUUUGUGAUGUUUGUGAAAUUUCUAUGACAAAUAACAAAAAGGAUGACGAGUCUGGGGUGAAGAUGUCACUCAUAAAGAUCCCGGAUGCUGGUGGGGAGAGCAUCACUUACCUGAAAGUGGAUGGUCAUUUGUUCGCAAGGGCCUCCGUUGAUUCUCAAGCUGACGUCAUCAGAGGGAUCCGAGACCUACCCGUCAGAGAGGAUGACGUCUAUAUAUGUGCCUAUCCUAAAUGUGUUGACUCUGGAUCGUUUACCACAUACCUGAAGGACUGGGCUGCAAUUGGGACGAACCAUCCCGAGGUGCCGACUCUGACCUUGGUGUAUGAAGAUCUAAAAGAGGAUCCACUUGCCGGUAUUAGAAAGUUAGCUAAGUUUCUGAAUGCUGAGAAAUCAGAGGAAUUCUACCUAAAAGUAAAAGAGUUGACAAGUUUCAACAAAAUGAAGGAAAAGAAAGGAAGCUUAGUCACAGCACCUGACGGUUCACCUGUUAUGUACAGAAAAGGUGAAGUUGGCGACUGGAAAAAUUACUUCACCGUAGCCCAGAACGAGGCUUUUGACAGACUAUACAUGGAAAACAUGGCUGGCUGUGACAUAAACUUUAGAUACUCGCUGAAGUAAGGAACGAAGACAAAGGUGUCAGAUGGGAAAUGUAUACCCAUGCCGAUACGAGAACAAGAACACAUUACUACAGAGUACUACAGGACUGAUAGUAAAUCUAUCAAAAGAGAAUAUGUCAUUUUGAAUACUUACUGAACAUCCAUUCCAAUUCCAUUGUACAUAUUUUCAAAACGAAUGUGCCAUUUGUGUCAGUUAUGAUGUUCGUGAGAAUAUCUGGUGCUUUGGUGUAGGUGCCGGUGUGUAGACAGUGGAUGUGCUUUCAUAUUUCUAUAUCAGUGUUAAACCUUCAUUUACCUAACGGCGCAUAGAGAGAUAUUAAUUCAUCAUCCAAAACUGUGUUCCACAGGAGAUAUUGCCUGUGUGAGAUCAAUCGAUAUCUCCUGGGAGACAGUAGAUGUUGUACAAUGGUAAAUGUUAACAAAAGUAGGGGAAUUUUGGAUAAAUGUUUAAAAUGUUUUAACGUUUACCAUUUAAUGAACGCACCGCCAUUUCUCUUUAUCACCACCCCUAAACACAACGCAUGGGAUGCACGUGCACAACGCAGUCAAGAGUAUAUAUACAGAGACAUCGAGCUGUGGGUGUUCUAUAGCCUUUUUAAAGCAUAUACACAUGUACUGCUUCACAAAUUGAAAUAAACGUGGUACAGUACCAACAAAAACCAAAAUGUUGACGGUCGAUCCUGUUCAGAGGUCAGGCACCUGAGAACAGAAUCAGUUAAACCAGGUUCAAAAUGAAAUAAUGGAAUUACAGGAAUAGUAUUAUCAUUCGUGACAUGGUGCUUGUGCAAUCAGAUGAUAACUUUCAUAAUAUAAACGCAGAUGGUGCUGAAAUUGUCAUAUGGAGCGGACGGUUCUGUUUCAAAUACCGCUAUUAUGCACAAGCUUUUUCCGAAAACGAUAUUUGAGUAAAAUAUAUCAACUUC